CAAUCCAAAGCACAUACAUCUCUUUUGAAAUAAACAGUUGCCACAUAUCAGACUGUCUCGCCAAAAUUCGCGAGAAUUAAUUUCUUUCUUUUUAAGAUGUUGAAAGAAGGAAACGGGUGUGAGAUGCAUGAUCAGAUGACCGUUCAAAAUAUUUCAACUUAUACAGCUAUCUUACUUAAGGCUCAAAUGCAAAAGUCAAAGAAAAUGCAAUGAUAGAGAAUAUGAAUUUACUACAUGCAGGCACAUCAGAAAGGUAUAUUAGUGAUAAAUGUUUACAAAACGAAAAAAAAAAUAGUCUUUCAUUUUUCAAAAAUUCAAAGCACAUAAAGUCAACUCAAGACUAAUAAUGCACAGCAAAAGGAAGAUAUUGAAAAAUCUCACGGCCUUAGCAUUCGGCCAUUUCCUCGUGUUCACAGCAUUCGAUUCUUUGAGCAAUCUUCAAAGCACAGUCAAUCACGAAGAAGGCGUAGGAAUCAUCUCCCAGUCUGUCAUCUAUGCAUUUUUCACUGUUUCAUCCUUCUUUCUACCAACCUACCUCAUUAGAAAAUUUGGUUGCAAGAAAACUUUACUUAUAUCAGUGUUCAGUAUUUGUCCUUAUGUAGCUGCAAAUGCUUUCCCACAUUGGGGAACUUUAUUACCAACAGCGAUGCUAAGUGGUAUAUCAUUUGGACCACUAUGGGCUGCUCGAAGCACAUACGUUAAUGAAAUUGCUUUUCAAUAUUCAGCUUACACGAAAUCCUCAACAAGUGUAAUUAAUGCUUGGUUUUUUGGUAUUUAUUCAUUUUUCCAUGAAAACGCUGAAAUUUGGGGAAAUGUACUAUCGUAUUAUGUGCUUCGAGAAUCAUCCAAUGAAACAUUGAUUGCUUCUGAAAACGAAACCUUAAUUCAAUGUGGAGCGGAAUUUUGUGGUGUCAGUGCAGACGAUUUUAAUCCUAAUUUAGAACGACCUCCAGAUGAAAAGUGGCUAAAGCUUGUGAUAAUAUACAGUUGCUUUGUAAUUCUGGCUGGGAUUGUAAUUUUUUUCAUAGUGGAUCCACUAGAAAAAGAAACAGAUCCUAGAAUUAAAAAGUCUAAAGAAACAGGCUUAUCAGCCGAUCUUCUUAUAGCAACUUUAAAGCAUAUGCGAAACAAAGAUCAGCUGCUUUUGAUUCCUCUGUCAUUCUACUGUGGUUUAGCUGAUGGAUUUUACAACAGCGAUUUCACAAAAUCUUAUAUAGCAUGUGCAUGGGGUAUAUCUCAAGUUGGUUAUGUUACUAUAUGCUAUGGUGUUGUCUGUGCUGUGAUGGACUGUUCUUUAGGAUUUAUGGUAAAAUAUUUAACACGUAUGCCAGUAUUUUUAUUAGCUGCAGCAUCACAUUUCGCCAUGAUGCUAACACUUUUGCUAUGGAGACCAGAUGCCAACAACUUUAACCUCUAUUUCAUAUUAUCAGGAGUUUAUGGGAUUGGUGCAAGUGUUUGGUGGUCACAAAUAAUAGCACUUUAUGGUGUCAUUUUCAAAGACAAUGAAGAACCAGCAUUUUCAAAUUUCUAUUUUUGGAGUUCUUUAGGAUUUUCAACAGCCUAUGCUUACAGUAACAGUUUAUGUACAGAUAUAAAAAUUUACAUAUUGCUUAGUUUGUUGUUUAUAGCCAUAACUGCCUAUAUUUCUGUUGAAGUAAGAUUUAUUUGUAAAUAUAAAAAUCACAGAUUACAAAACAAUCAAAUUAACGAUAUUACUGAGUUGUAUUAAAUAAAUUGAAAUAAAAUUUUAUAAACUGUUGGC